AAAUACCAAAAAGUUAUCAGAAGGACCUCCAAAAGCCGCUAAAAAAAGUUCGAAAGUACUAAAAAUUCAGAAAGAAUAUUUAGAAAGAACCUCCAAGAAUAUUCAAAAAAUAUCAAAAAACACUAGAAGUACUGAGAAUCUAGAAGAAACACCAAAAAGCCAAAAAAAAUGCUGGAAGUAUCAAGAAUCCAGAAAGAACUUCCAAAAAUCAUCAGAAGAACCUUCAAAAAAUACCAAAAAAUGCUGGAAGUACCAAGAAUCCAGAAAGAAACACCAAAAAGUUGUCAGAAGAAUCUCUAAAAGCCACCAAAAAAUGCUAAAAGUACCAAGAAUUCAGGAAGAAUAUCUAGAAAGAACCUCUAAGAACAUUCAAAAUUCUUUAAAAAAUACUGGAAGUACUGAGAAUCAAGAAAGAAACACCAAAAGUAAUCAGAAGAAACACCACAAAACACCAAAAAAUGCCAGAAGUACCUUCAAAAGCCACCAAAAAAUGCUGGAAGUACCAAGAAUCCAGAAAGAACCUCCAAAAGUUGUCAGAAAAACCUCCAGAAGCCAUCAAAAAAUACUGGAAAUAUCAAGAAUCUAG